ACAGCUUUCAGGCUUUCACCAGCCCGUGAAGCCAUCCUCCGCCUGCUUAUCUCAUUUGCGUCGUUGUGCUCUAUGCUCCGGUCGGGCAAUAAGGAUGGUGGAGAAGGCCCUGCAGCAGCUCACUGUUGACGACACGGCACAGCACUCUGCCAUCAUACUUGAGCAUGAGAAACAGCUGGAACGUUCAGAUGGCAAAGAGACAGACUCAGAGGAUCAAGGUGAUGGAGCGACACUGGCCUUAGCAGGUACAAGCAAGUCUAAGAAGAAGAAAAAGAAGAAGAAAUCGGCAGCCAAGAAAAGCUCGACGGGGAUCGCUGUCAAUCCGUUGCUCAAUGCUUUUCCAGAUGAACUUGGAGCUCCUGAGCAAGAGGACAGUGAAGUCAGGAUCGCACGAGAUGCUGAGCUGUUAGAAGAGACUAGGACGGUUAAGGCGAAUCCGAUGCUUCUGCUGGAGUCUUCCCCAGCGGAGCUGGAUAUCCUGUGGACACCGUCAUGUCGCUCUUUAGAGCUGCUUACACCUCGCUUGCGCCUGCGUCAAUGCCAGUUAGGAGACCUGAAGAUGAUCACCAAGAUCAAAACAGAGCCGAUAGUCAACCGGACGCAAUUAUAUGGCCAGCCUCAUAUGUCAUGGAUCAAAACUGGCUUCCUGACCCGAUACAUAAGGUCCAGUAUUCCCCAGAUCAGCGACAAGGAAAAUAAUGGUUGGAAGACCGACUACAUCUUUGCCAUCACUCUCCGGUAUCCCUCCGCUCUCGAGAUCGGUCCGCCAAAAGGCGUCAUGCUGAGAAAUAGAUUGCUCGAGACUGACAAAGCGGGAUACGUCGGUAAUUUUGGUCUCGAGUUACAUAUCGAGAAGCCGGGCAUCGUUGGAAUGCGCCGGAAGGGCAAGGUCCUGACUCAUCCUACUUUCGCCGAGAUGGACGCUGCUCGCGUAUACGGCUCACUAUUUUACGAAAUCCAUCCGCAGCUCUGGGGCAAGGGAUUGAUAUCAGAGGCAUUCACUGAAGUCCUUAGAUUCGCGAUAGAGGAGUGUGGAUGUCCACUAGUCAUCGCAGAUCCGACGAGCGGUAAUGACGCAUCUAUCAAGCUGUGCCUAAAAAAUGGCAUGACUUACAAGAGCACGACGAGGGACAACCCAUACAACAAGCCUCAGUUGAUCCACGAGAUCAAGCGUGAGGAAUGGUUCAAAAGGAACAGAGGUACAAAGCCCGUGGAUCGAUGGGGUGGCAAGCCAGUGUGCAGGUGGUGUAUGAAUCCCCGCUUGUCGUCACAGACCAUUCGCUGCCAGUUUUGCGAUUGGGCCAGGUACUGCUCUAGAGAAUGUCAAAAAGCCGACUGGGUCUACAUCCGGGGCCAUCGGGCGGAAUGUGCGGGCAGAAAUUGAGCUGUAGUUCUUCCAGGGAUGCUGCUUAGAUAAUAGAGAGUCCGACAGAGUCAAGUUUGUAGCAGU